AUGGGGAAAGAUGUGGAUUUGCACGUUCCUUCGAAGGAAAUCCCACGUGUGCGGUAUCCAGAACAGCUCUCGCGUGAAUCCUUUGAGCGGGAUUUUGCCGCCAAGAGCGAACCUGUGAUCAUUGAAGGACUUGUUUCAGACUGGCCUGCAUUUGCAGAUCCUGAGAGAAACUGGCGUGGCUGCAGAUGGGACGAGUUCAUGGGCAAUGAGGUCCUUGAUGUCGGCUUCGACCCAUUGGAUGGACGUAUGAUGCAUUUCGGAGAUGAUACAGGUGAAGCCAAUGUGCUUUUCAACCCUGGACGGCUACGAAUGCCGGCCUGGGCCUUCUUGGAAGUGGCCCGCUUGAGACAGAUCAUCCUCCGUUUGCGACGUGAAGAAGGAGAGGUGUCGGUCCAAAAUGUGCCCUUUCUUUCUGUAGAUGCAGAUUCACCGCUUCACCUCUUUACUCCAUUGACCUGCCAUAUUCGUGAUUUGAUGCCCUUGUCAUUCUAUCUCUCUCAUGACACCUACGCAUUGCCAGAAGAGUUGCAGAAGGACUUGGGUCCACAGGCCCCCAAGCUGAUUGAUGGAUGGGCCAGCCCCAAUUCUUCGCGCAUUUGGGCAACGAAUGGGGCGCCUUGGCGGGUGCCGUACCCACCAUGGUUUGAUCAGACGGUGCCCGAGCCCGGGGAGGACACGAUGAUCUACAGUUGCUUCCAUUGUGACCGAAUGGAAAACUUUCACUCUAUCCUGGCCGGUGAGAAGCAGGUGGUCUUGGUGCCGCCUGGCCAGCAUGAUGUCCUCAACUCGACAAGAUUUGCGGCACAAAAGCAGUGGCUUUUGGUGCCAAUGCCGGGACCCAGCAAGCCAGGGCAGUAUAUGGGCUCUACCUUGUAUACCUCGAAGCAAACGGAAUGCACCAGCGACCAGAGCGCAGUGCAUCCCUUUCGAUCGCCAGAGGAGAACCGCAAGGUCUCCAGAGGCCAAUGGCCAGACCAUGUAGACUUCCCAGUGCGUCAUGGGAAGCUUCGAAAGGGUGACACGUUGUACAUACCAGCCUACCAUUGGCACUGGGUUGCCACCUCGACGCCUCCAUCCAUUGGUGUAGAGGAUGAGGGUGCGUUAGCCUUGUCUGUAAACUUCUGGUGGUGGCCAAUUCACAACGACAAGGUCGGGAGAUUUAGUCAGUCACAAUACACUGAAACACGGUCUCCUGAGUAG